CUCCCUCAUUUCACCAAAUACUCCAAAACUAGGGUUUAACAUUUUAUAAAAAUCUCAAAACCCACAAAAUCAUCAAAAAAAUGGCAUCUCUUCUGACGAUCCGCAAAGCCAAUCUCUCGUCUUCUUCUUCUUCACUCAAGGUAAAUUUUUCUCUACGCUCUGUUUCUUCCAUUUUUUACCGUCUUAAGUCAACCUCAUCUGCCCCAAAUUUUUAUCCUCCUCCUCCUCAUCAUCAAAACCCUAAUUACCCACCGCACUUUAAUAACAACCAACCUAAUCAAGGCUUCCCUAAUUACCCACCACAAAACCCUAAUUACCCCCAAAACCCUAAUUAUGCAGAAAACCAUAAUUAUCAGGAAAACCCUAAUUAUCCCCAAAAUGUAAGGCAACAAAAUAGUUACUCACAAAAUGUUAAUAAUACCCAAAAUGCAGGCCAACAAAAUUACUACCCGCAAAACCCUGAUCAAAGACAAAAUUAUUAUCCGCCACAAGCGCCGAGACCGAAUUAUACUCGACAAAACAAUAAUUUUUCGCCACAAGCCCCGAGACCGAAUUUUACGCCACAAAAUAAUAAUUUUACGCCACAAGCUCCGAGACCAAAUUUUACGCCACAUAAUAAUAGUUUUACGCCACAAGCCCCGAGACCAAAUGUUAUGCAACAAAACACGAAUUAUUCGCCGCAAGUACCGCCUGCUGUGGUGAAAGUUGAUUUGCUGACUGUAUGUAAAGAGGGGAAGCUUAAGGAUGCUGUUGAGUUAUUGGGGAAUGGCGAGGUUGCUGAUGCCGAAUGUUUUAGUGUUUUGUUUGGGUUGUGUGGGAAGUUGAAGAAGCUCGACGAGGCUAAGAAAGUGCACGAUUAUUUUUUGAGGUCUGGGUAUAGGGGUGAUGUUGGGUUGGUUCAUCGGGUUAUUGAUAUGUAUUCGAAAUGUGGAAGUAUGGUCGAUGCACGGAGAGUUUUCGAUCAUAUGAAUGAUAAGAAUAUGGAUGUCUGGCAUUUGAUAAUUAAUGGGUAUGCCGGAAAUGGGUUAGGUGAUGACGGGUUGGAAAUGUAUGAGGAAAUGAGGAAACUUGGGUUACGCCCGAAUGAAGAAACGUUUGUUGCUGUUUUGGAGGCGUGUGCUGCUGCUGAUGCUAUUGAAGAAGGGUUUAUACAUUUUGAUGCUAUGCAGACAGAGUACGGGAUUGUUCCGAAGAUGGAACAUUAUUUGGGAGUUUUGGGUCUUUUUGGGAAACCUGGACAUUUGGUCCAGGCGUUGGAGUAUGUUGAGAAACUUCCGUUUGAGCCUACGGCGGAAAUAUGGGAGGCGUUGAUGAACUAUGCUCGAACUCAUGGAGAUAUUGAUCUUGAGGACAGGGCGGAGGAGAUUUUGAUUGGUUUUGAUUCGUCAAAGGUGGACCCCAAGAAAAUCCCAACACCACUUGCUAAGAAGUUUAAUCUUAUUAGUAUGCUCGAGGGUAAGAACAAGGUGGGCGAGUUUAGAAACCCUACGCUCUACAAAGACGAAGAGAAGUUUAGGGCUGCAAAUAAGGAACAAACUUACGUCCCGGAUACUAGAUAUGUUCUUCAUGAUAUUGAUCAAGAAGCUAAAGAGCAGGCUUUGCUUUAUCAUAGUGAACGUUUGGCGAUUGCAUAUGGACUUAUAUCUACUCCUGCAAGGACACCAUUAAGGAUCAUAAAAAAUCUUCGUGUUUGUGGUGACUGUCACAAUGCUAUCAAGAUUAUGUCCAGGAUUGUGGGCCGGGAACUGAUUGUUAGAGACAAUAAGAGGUUUCAUCAUUUCAGCGAAGGAAAAUGUUCUUGUGGAGAUUACUGGUGAAGCUUCAAUUAUUUAAUAAUGAUAGGGUUAUAACCAUCAACCAGGUUUCUCUUUAUAUAUCAUCUAUGGCCUUGUUAUAUCGAUGUUCAGAUCUUAUAUAUGUUUCUCUAGGUCAACUAAGAAUGUUUGAAGCAUUCUAGUGCUAGCAACAGUUUGGUAUUUUGCCUCUAAAGUAGGGAGAUGAUGAUGAUGUUUGGGGUUUUUUGCUGACUACAUACAUUGUCAUAUUGAAUCUAUGUUUAAUAAUUUUCAUAUGGAAUUCUAGUUUAGUUAUUGUAAAUUAUUGAUUAUCCUGUUUUUAUAUUAUAUAAUUUAUGUCCAUCUUAUAAGGUGAACUAUUGGUAAA